UUAUAUCACGAUGCGCCUGCGCAGUAUCUGUGCGAAGUUCACUUUGGUAAGCUGCGAAAAAACGUGGUUUGGAACACUCUAGAACCGGCGGCCUUAGGCGCUUAUCUUACAGUUAGAAAUUAUUGCAUUUACUAACACAAUUACAAGAUGUAUCGUCUACCCACCAGUCUUCGGUGCGUAUCAGUACAAAAAGCCAACCAACUCGCACAAAUUCAACGUUGGUACGCCAAAGAUGUAAGGUUUGGACCUGAAGUACGGGCCCUUAUGCUCCAAGGUGUCGAUAUUCUUGCCGAUGCCGUUGCUGUAACCAUGGGACCCAAAGGCCGUAACGUUAUUAUCGAACAAUCGUGGGGGUCGCCGAAAAUUACCAAGGACGGUGUUACAGUCGCCAAAGGUAUCGAACUGAAAGACAAAUUCCAAAACAUUGGUGCUCGUCUAGUACAAGAUGUCGCUAAUAAUACCAACGAAGAGGCCGGCGACGGUACCACUACAGCUACAGUUCUCGCACGCUCGAUCGCUAAGGAAGGUUUCGAAAAUCUCGGCAAAGGUGCAAAUCCGGUCGAGAUCCGCAAAGGUAUUAUGGUUGCUGUCGAGAAAAUUACAGAAACUUUAAAGUCGCUCUCGCGCCCGGUUACUACACCAUCCGAAGUUGCACAGGUGGCUACUAUUUCCGCCAAUGGAGAUCAAGCUAUAGGAAAUUUAAUUUCCGACGCGAUGAAACGUGUCGGUAAGGAUGGUGUCAUUACGGUUAAGGAUGGUAAAACUUUGAAUGAUGAACUUGAGAUCAUCGAAGGUAUGAAAUUCGACCGUGGGUACAUCUCACCGUAUUUUGUCAAUACUACCAAAGGUGCCAAAGUUGAAUAUCAAGACGCCCUAAUUUUAUUCAGCGAGAAGAAAAUAUCAUCAGUUCAAUCAAUUGUACCCGCUUUAGAAUUGGCAAACUCCCAAAGAAAACCGCUCAUUAUUAUUGCCGAAGACGUAGAUGGAGAGGCUUUGACAACACUUGUGGUCAACAGGUUACGUAUCGGUUUGCAAGUAGCCGCAGUAAAAGCACCAGGUUUUGGCGAUAAUCGCAAAGCUACGCUUACCGACAUGGCAGUCGCCACUGGUGGUAUCGUUUUCGGCGACGAAGCCAACGUAGUUAAAAUGGAAGAUAUCCAAAUGGGAGAUUUGGGACAAGUUGGUGAAGUACUUAUCACCAAGGACGAUACACUUUUCCUGAAAGGAAAGGGUAAGGCCGAUGAUAUUAAAAAACGAGUCGAUCAAAUUCGCGAUCAGAUCGAAAACACAACAUCCGAGUAUGAGAAGGAAAAACUGCAAGAAAGAUUGGCACGCUUGGCAUCGGGAGUUGCCGUACUGAAAGUAGGCGGUAGUAGCGAAGUAGAAGUAAACGAAAAGAAAGAUCGUGUCAAUGAUGCCUUGAAUGCUACUCGUGCCGCAGUGGAAGAAGGUAUCGUACCUGGUGGCGGAACUGCUUUACUUCGUUGCAUCGACAGUCUUUCUAGUAUUACACCAACCAAUGCCGAUCAAAAGAUUGGUAUUGAAAUUGUUAAGAAAGCUUUACGCGUACCCUGCAUGACAAUUGCGAAGAAUGCUGGGAAAGAUGGAUCUGUUGUGGUUGCUAAAAUCGAAGAUCAAAAAGGGGACUAUGGUUAUGAUGCACUCAAUGACGAAUACGUUAACAUGUUCGAAAGAGGAAUUAUCGAUCCAACCAAAGUUGUCCGCACAGCAAUAACGGACGCGUCCGGUGUAGCCUCUCUAUUGACGACAGCGGAAGCAGUUAUCACAGAAAUUCCCAAAGAAGACCCUCCUCUACCUGCAGGCGGUGGCAUGGGUGGAAUGGGAGGUAUGGGUGGCAUGGGUGGAAUGAUGUAAAAGGGUAGAUUUCAUAAAAUGACUGCGAUAUUUCAUACAUUCAUUCAUUAGUUCAUCAAAAUUACAAAUUGCACGCUAAUUUUCAUCACAGUUUUCUAUUUUUUAAUAAAGUAUUUUGUAGCGUGCAGGUUGUGAUUUUAUCAUUUCGUGCCAGAUGAAUUUUCAUGGCGGAAACCCCGGUUAUUGUACCAAUAUUUUCCAUUACUUUAUGGGCAGUAGCCUCCAUUUUGUACUUUAUGUGUUAUGUAAGCGAUGCCUGUUAAUUAUUAGUAGUUACGUUAGUGAUUGUAGUUUGAGUACAAAGAGUUUCAUUACAACAUUACCGUGAAAUGUUUUUGUAAGAUGCCUGCAUUUAUGAACCAUCUAAGGCAGUCCUGCAUGCCGUUAACAUCUUUGAUCUGAAUACUUGAAGUGUAACCGUAACGGUAGCUGUAACUUGUAAAUUGAUAGUUUCUAUUAAACUGUUAUAUACAG